AUGAAAGUGCAACUGGCACUUAUGCGUGACGGAAACGGGGAGGACGAAGACUGUGCUCUCAAAAUUCUGUGCGGAUGCGGCGCGCUCGAUGGCACGGAAAUUUCGGAGGCCAUCUCGACGGCCAUCCAUUUGCGUCAGAAAGGCAUGAAGCCGCUGUUCUACGCACCGGACGUCCCGAUCUGCGGGCCGGUCAAUCAUCUCACCAAAGAAAUCGACGAUAACGACUCCUCCAGGAAUGCUCUCGUCGAGGCUGCCAGACUGGCGAGGUCGUGCAUAAAACCUCUGUGCGAAUGCGAAGCCUGCACACACGGCGCGCUUAUCUUGCCCGGCGGAUUCGGCGCCGCGCGCACCAUGAGCGAUUUCGCCUCGAAGGGCGCGAAUUGCACGGUGCUGCCCGACCUGGCGAAGCUCAUCGAGGACUUCUAUUGCGAGAAGAAACCGAUCGGCAGCAUGUGCAUAGCCAGCGCGAUUGUCGCUAAAGUGCUGAAGGGUGUGAAAGUCACUCUCGGCAAGGAAUCACCCAAAGAGAAAUGGCCGCACGGCGAAGUUAUCAAGAAGGUCCGAGAUAUGGGCGCCAAGCUGGAGAUGAAAGACGUGAAAGGCGUAACGCGCUGCAAGAAGUACAAUGUGUUUAGCACGCCGGCUUGGUUGUACACGUGCGCCACUUAUUUCGAGAUCCAUGAAGGUAUCGGCAAGAUGAUCGGGAUGCUGAAGAAAUGCGUGAAGAAGCUGUGA